AUCCAUUAGGGCGUAACAGUAAAGAGUGAAUAAAAUUAUUUUUUAACGCUUAAUUAUUUUAAAAAAUUUACCAAUUUAACUAUUGAUUUAAUUUUUUCAUCAAGAUACAAUGAAAGUCUGUGGUCCAAAAUAUGCCCUAUGUGGUCUUAUUAUAUCAACUUGGGGAAUUAUACAACUGCUUUUAAUGGGUAUAUUUUUCUAUGUAAAAAGUGUGGCAUUGAUUGAGGAUUUACCUCUUGACUCACACGAGUACUCAUCACCAGCAAAGUUUUAUGAUGAUGUUGACAGAGGAUUUAUUCACAAUGCUUACAAUUGUUGGAUUGCUGCUUGUCUUUACUUACUUACAUUAUUUUUCUCUGCCCAUCAAUUUUAUAUGAACUCAAGAACAUCUUUAAGUGUUUAAAUGUAAAAAAAAACAUUAGAUUAAAUUAUAGCUGCUACUUUGUGUAACUUAAAUUAUAACUGAUUGGAAAUAGCUGAGGUAAAAUAUGAUUUACGAUUUUGUCGAUCAAGUUAUGUUCAGAAAAUGAAAGAAAAAAAAAAUAAGAUUCAAUUGUAAUAUAAUUUUAAUAUGUACAAAUAAUUAUUUCCUUGUUGAAUUAGUCUUCGAAUCAAAUUAAAAUCUUAUCAUCUAAUACUGUCACAUUUCUGUGAAUUAAGUUAAUAAUAUUUAUUUCAUAUUAUUUAUCUGUGUAUGACAUAAAUAAUCUGCUGUAUGUUUAAAAGCUGCUUUUAUUAUUUUACAACAUAAAUUGUUCAUUAUUUUCAAAGCAUUCCAUAUAUAUCAUGUAUAUCUGUAACUUUAGAAGAUUAUCUGAUAUUAAUUCAAAAUUAUUCGUCAUUAACAGCUUUACUGCAUUAUUGUUCCAUAAAAUAUUGUUCUUUAAAAAAAUGUAUAAAUGAAGUAUAAUACAAAAAUUUACGAAAAUAU